AUGUCAUCCAAACCCGUCGCAAAACCCGAGGAAACCAAGGAUCCAAAGGCUAUCAAAAAGGUUCUAGACGAGGAUGAUGAAUUUGAAGAUUUCCCUGCCGAAGAAUGGGAAGAAGACGAAACCGAAGUCCCCGGCGGUGGGAAACCAAAUCUAUGGGAAGAAAGCUGGGAUGACGAUGAUUUGAGUGAAGACUUUUCGAAGCAAUUGAGGGAGGAACUGAAAAAGGUCGAUGCACAGAAAUCCGGCUCCGAGUCGCAACGGUAG